GGGGCGAGCCAGCCCCGCCCCUCAGGCCAAGUGAGGCCUGCCACCUAGUGGACACGGGGAGGAUCGUCAAGGCGGGCUGCCCUACGGCGCAGGAGGGGAGGGCCCAGAGCUGGAUCCCAGCACCGGGCUGUGGCGGGAGAGAUGCCCCCCUCCAGACCUUGGGCUGAGAGGGAAGAGCCUGACCUCAGGCUGUGGGGAGAUCGAAGCCCCCCUUCCAGACCUUGGGCUGAGGGGGGGACCGAGACCGGAGGCUGGGGGAGGGCAGAAGAGGCGAGGCCUGGGGCUUCAGGAAGGGAUGGGUGGCAAGGCCCAGGGGUGGGUUGGUCUCUGUCCUGAGAAAAGCAGGACAGAACCAGCCCACCCAGAGAUGCCCCCCACCACAUGCUGCCCAAAUGGGGAGUCCCUGGGCAGCGGUGUUAACCCAGCAGCCCAAAGGUUUAAGGCCCUGGCUCUCCUCCCCUCCCCUCCCCUCCCCUCCCUUCCCCUCGCCUGGGCUUUUGACCCCUCCCAGCCCCUCCCCUCGCCUCCACCACCUUUGCCCGGUGGUGGUGACGUUGCGGUCUCGCUGGCGCAGACCAGGCCGGAGGCUGGGGCUGGAUCCUGGCGGCCAUGCUCUCCCUGCUGUCCCUCCCCUCCUGGCUCCCCAGCCUCCCCUCCCUUGAGUGGGGCUCCAGCCUCCUCGACGCCCUCCUGCAAGGUGAGCGCCUCCCCCAUCCCCCUCAGCCCCGCCCCCUCCGGGACACCAGCCCAGCGCAAGACGUACGCCACCCACGUGCGUCUCCCACCGCCCCCUCCUCUAACCCUACCAAGCUACCUACCCUCCCUACUAACCCCGUCAGGCCUCGUCGGGGCCUGCGGAGUCUCCGUCCUGAACAACCUCCUGAAGGUCUACUUCUUCGUGGGCUGUACCAAUGACCCGGAGCGGCGGCUUGAAAAGGAGCGGCUGCGGGCCCAGUGGGCCUCGCUGGAGACCGUGCACCUGGCAGGGCUGGCCCUGAUCCUGACCAUCGUGGGGGUCCGGGUGGCCGCCCUCGUGGUGCUCGAGUUCUCCCUCCGGGCUGUCUCCAUGCUGCUUUCCCUGGACAAGGGCGCCCGGGGCACCGAGAGGCUGCAGCUGUACCUACUGUGCCAGUACUCACUGGGCUGUGGGCUGACCUGCAGCCUGAGCUUCCUGCAGGAGGGCGCCCCGCAGCACACGCUGAACCUGCUGCUGGGCCUGGGGCUGGCCGCGCUGCUCAGCUCGGGCACCCGGCGCCUCCGCCGCCACGUCUGCCAGCUCUACGAGCUGCACAGCAGCCAGCGCUACUGUGGGGUCUGCCUGGGCCUGCUGGCCGGCGCUCGCGGCCUCCCCCGGCUGCUGGGCCGCGCCCUGGCCGUGACCUUUGCAGUGGGCAACCUGGCAGCCGUGGCCCUCCUCAACCGGGACUUCCUGACCACCUCGGAGGCUGUGCGUUUCUGGAUGCCGCUCACCAUCUGCUACACCCUGCUGCUCAUCUACAUGCAGGAGGAGCAGCAGCGGCAUCCCGGCCUGCAGAGCCAGGUCCAGACGGUGCUGGUACGCAUGUGCGGCCUCUUGCUGCUGCUGCUGACCGUGGGCCGCUGGCUGGACCUCCUGGGCAUCCUCAUCUCCCUGCUGGGCGAGUUCUGGUGUCUGCUGGGCACCCGCACCCUGUUUGAUCUUUGCCAGAUACAGGAUUUUCCACCCCAGAGGCCUUCCGCGUCAGCUCCAAGCCAGCCCCAGCCCUCAGCACCUGCCCAGCCGCAGGGGACGGCCCCCUCCUGAGUUACCUCGGCAGGGACUUGGAGUCUCUCAGAGCCGCCCGGACUCACCUGGAAGCAGAAUGGCAGGGCUGCCCCCCACCUGGAGCACUGGGGACCCCCCGGGAGGGAGGGGAGGAUUUGGGGCUGGGCCCCUCAGAGGGUGGGGACACAUGGAGGCUGCUGGGUUAACCCUCUUUUUCUCAGGGUGGGCAAUGGAUACAGCCCCUCAGCCCUGCCUUCCCGGAGCGUUGGGGGGUGGGGAGAGACUGUAUCCUCAGAAUGGCUUCCCCCUUUACCAACCUCCCUUGCCCUUUCCACAAACAAUAAAGGUGAUUCUCUCA